AUGACUCCAGUGGUUUUCUCCUCCUCGUUGAAGCGGCUCAGAAUCCGAUCUGCUGACGUGUCGGCUGCACGCACCGCGGGACUGCAGCCCUCGAGUCAGUCAAACAUGGCCACACUGAAUCCGUGUUUUUAUGUUUUACCGCUUCUGGUCCACGCGUGUUUCGGUGAAUGGGGCGGAGAGCGUCGUUUCUCAGACCUGAAGCGCUGCGCGGAUGAAGAAUGCAGCAUGCUUCUCGGCAGAGGGAAGGCCGCCAAGGAUUUCACAGGGCCGGACUGUCGUUUUCUGUCUUUCAAGAAAGGGGAGACAAUAUAUAUGUAUUAUAAACUCUCAGGACAGAGGUCGGAUAUGUGGGCCGGCAGUGUUGGAAACCACUUUGGUUAUUUUCCAAAAGACUAUCUUACUGUUAAUCAUAUAUACACUGAAAAAGAGUUUGAGGUGCCGUCAGAGGAAACAGAUUUUGUUUGCUUUGAUACUGGCCUGGAUAAGUUUGACAGCUAUGAUAUAGAUGUGCUGUUAGGAAACUCAUUGUUAAUAGAAAAUGAGAAUUUGACAGAAGACUCCAAAGAACCGUCUCAUGAAGCUGAAUUAUCACAGCUCCCGUCUGAGACAGAGACAGAAAGUUCAGGAUCACCGGUACAUCUUAAAACAGAACCUUUAGAUUCAGAAUCACAUUUAGGAACAGAUUCACUUUCAGAAACAAAGUCAUUAGAUUCUGAAUUACCUAAAGAAUCAGAGUCUUUAGAUUUAGAAUCACGUUUAGAAACAAAGUCAUUAGAUUCUGAAUUACCUAAAGAAUCAGAGUCUUUAGAUUUAGAAUCACGUUCAGAAACUAUGUCGAUAGAUUCCGAAUUACCCUUAGAAUCAGAUUCUUCAGAGUCAGAAUCACUUUCAGAAAUAACAUUGUUCGAUUCAGAAUUACCUAAAGAAUCAGAGUUUUUAGAUUUAGAAUCACUUUCAGAAACUAUGUCGUUAGACUCAGAAUUACCCAUAGAAACAGAUUCUUCAGAUUCAGAAUCACGUUCAGAAACAACGUUGUUAGAUUCAGAAAUACCUAAAGAAUCGGAGUCUAUAGAUUCAGAAUCACAUUUAGAAACAGAGUCAGAAUCACUUUCAGAAACAAAGUCAUUAGAUUCAAAAUCACUUUCAGAAACAAAGUCAUUAGAUUCAGAAUUGUCUAAAGAAUCAGAUUCUUUAGAUUCAGAAUCACUUUCAGAAAAAGAGACUGUAGAACCUCUAGAAUCUCCCGAAAGAGAUGCAGAUGGAUUAAUUUCUAUAGAUGAGGAACCUUACAGCUUUAGGCCAAAGAUAGAAGAUAUUUCAUCAGAAACCACACUGGAAUCUGAAGAUGAACCAGAAAAGCAAGAUCCAGAAAUGAAUGCUGCUCAGCUUCCAGAGAUCCCAUACAAGCAAGCUAAAAUUUCACCAAGCAAAGAUGUAGACGUAAAGAUGAAUCCAUCAGAUUCUGAUGUCUACGAUAUUGAUCAUUCAGAGCAGAACCACCAAAGCCACUCUGAGAGACGGACUGAUUCAGAGGAUGUCACCGAGUCUCCUGUGGAACCUCAAGCAUCAGAUUCAGAGAUAGAGAUUAAAGAACCUACCAAAACAGAGGAGGAAAAACCACUACUGACAGCAGAGAAAACACUGGAGAUGGUCGAGGAGAUUGCUGAGAACGUUUGGUCAACAUUUAAAGAAGCAGAGGUCAAAGAUGAAACGCAACGAUCCCCUGAAGAAAUCACCAAAGAUGAAGACAUGGAGACGGUGCAAGAGGAAUCACAUGUCAAAGAUCUCGGUGGCCCUGAGAACAUGUGGACAGAGAGCGAAAAACAAGCAGAUGCUGAUGAUGAAGAUCAAAUCCCCACGUUUUCUCAGCAGCCAGACACUACUGGAGACCCCAAUAACACUGAGACCAAGAGUCACGACAUCCCACUCGAAGCACCUGUAGAAAGCCACACCGAGAACAUGUUCCCAUCAGUACUUACAGAUGACGUUGCUGACAAAGAAGAUCCACAGACGCUAGACACAAACCAGACUGAAACAACAAAUGAAAACACUGAAGAUCUUCAGAUGGUCAACAUGAACACAAACGAGAAUGCAAACAAAAAUACUAAAGACGACGAUCCUCAGAACGCUGCUCCAAACCAGAAGAAAAUAGCAGAUGACAAGAUCGAAGAAGCUGAUCCGGAGAAGUUCAUCAUAAACCAGAGGUCCGAGGCGUUGUACAGCUCAGAAACGGAGGCUCUGUUAGAUGAAUCAGAUGAUCAGGUUCGUAAAGUUAAACACAAUAUAGUAGAUCUGCUCAAAAGCACACUAGAAUCAGAGCAGCGCCGGGCUGAAGAUGAAAAGGACGAUGCUGAAGAGCUGUUAGAGGACGAGAAUGCUCUCUUCGCCUCUUCCAAAUCUCAAUUUACAGAGGACACACGUGAACCUGAAAUCCAUUCCGAUUCAUCGGAUGACGUCACAGAAGCAGAUGAGGUAAAGCACACAAACGCCACUCAAGAUGAAGACGCCUCACAACACAAACAUGAGAGCGAGGAGCCUGUAUACAGUGACGGUGUGUUAAGACUCACGAUCCUGAGAGAUCACCUGAAAGAUGAAGACAUGGAGCGCAUUCAGAAGCAUCUCGGCCUGAAGAACCUCUUCAAGCUAGAAGCCAUGUUUUCUGAUCUGGACCAGGAGAUGUUGUCUGUCAGAACGUCACAGACGGGCACGGAGGAUGCGGAGAACACUCUGGACCAGAUCAUGGAGGCCUCAGAGAACGCGAUUCUUGACGAGACGGAGGAAAUACUGAACGAAAAAGAGAGAAGUGCGGCGGAACACGGAAAGCAGAAGGAGCCGGAAAUGUACGAUUUGGAGGCUACCAUUCUCGACUCCUUUCAGGAGAUUGUCUUUUCUUUACGACAGAAGCAUUCGGCAGCCAAGGACAGCGCUCCUCUCCUCGAGGAAGAACAGACUGGAACAGAGGAACAGCAUGAUUCUAGUGUGGCGAAGGAUGACGUCCAUGUUGACGGUGAUGCUGAAAAAGUGGAACCACCUGAAAUUCCCGACCUCCGAGAGGAGCAGAACGAAUCUGAAGUCAUAGUCAAUUCUGAAUUAAAUGCAAAUGCACAAGAUCUGUCUCCGAGUCAAGACAUGGGCCUCGAGGAGGACGGAGGACACUUCAACAGAAAUAAGGAUGCUCAGAUGGGGUUUGAGGACACGGAGGAGAUCCAGAAGGGGCUUCAUGGUAUCCUGGAGAACCCGCUGGACAUCGGACUUCACUUUGAAAUGGAUCCAUCUUCAGGUUCACUGGAGACCCCGAGCGUCUCUGACAUUCACGACACUGAAACCAACACUGACAUCUCCAGCUCAAGCGCUUCAGAUGAACGUUGGAGCACGCUGCUUCUCGUCAAAGAAUGUCUCGGAGUGUACGCAGAAGUUAUCAUCGCUGAUCUUCCAGAGGAAUGGAGACCGGGUCCCACUUUCCACGGCGUCCCCUGGGAGCCGGUGCUGGUCACGGCCGCUGUCGGCUUCCUCACGGUCCUGAUGUUUUUCUGGAGGACGGUGCUCGCUAUCAAAGGCAGGACGUAUGCGUUAACCGAAAAGCAGCUUGAAAAGAAGAUCCAGCAGCUCCUCAGUGAGAAAUCCGAAAGCCUCAAUAAGAUAUCAGAACUGAACGCUGGGAUGAAAGAACGCGAGGAACAGUUAAAAAGCACAGAGAAGACCCUCGGUUCAAGCAAGCAAGACAUGAAACAGCUGAAGAUGCAUCACAAGAAACUCCAAAGCCAGUGUGAGGAGAUGUCCGGGAGUAUUUCUCAGCUCAACCAGAAGAUUGUUGACACACAAGAGGAAAAUUCAAGUCUGAAUGAAAAAAUUAUCAAAAUGCACCAGCGGAUUGAGAAAUACCAGAUAACUCUGAAGAACUUUGAUGAUGAGCGUGCGAAGGUUCACGUCCUCAUGGAUGAAGCCAAAUUCAGAGAGGAUGCGCUGAAAGCUCAGGUGAACUGCUUUGAGAAGGAAAACAAUGCUUUGAAGGAACGGAAGAAAUCUCUACUGCGUGAUGCUAAAGACUGGCAGGAGAAACACGCCAAACUCAGCGAGGACAUCCGAGUGUAUCACAAAUCCCAAAAGGAGCUGGAGGACUCGCUGGUGCACAAGGAAAAUGAGAUUGACGUUUUGUCUGGCUGUAUUGCCGAACUCACCCGUCUGGGAGCCUGUGAUGUUGUAGAUUCACAGAAAGAUGAUGCCAAAAUGUCUCACAGAGAGGAAGCGGACAAGAAGAUGGACACUACGAGACUGCGUAUCAAACAGAUGAUGGACGUCUCAAGGAUUAAAGCCACUCUGAGUGUUGUUGAAGACGAGAGAAACCGCUACAUGGAGAAUCUUCUCACCGAACAGAAGAGCAGACAAGAGCUUGAGGAGCAAUAUCAGAAGGUCAUGCACGACCAGAUGAAUCUGAAGAGCGAUAAGACUCAUUUGGAGAACCAGUUCAAGAACCUGCAGCAGAGGCUGGAGAUCACCACUGAGCUGUACCAGCAGAAAGAGAACGCCUUACAGCAGAAGCUGACUCAGGAGGAGCUGGAGAGACGUGAGAAGGAGACCAAGCUGACGGAGGUGGACAGUAAAGCAUUGAGGUCAGAUGAGGAGCUGAGAGCCCUCAAACAGAAGAUCAGAGACGUUGAGGAAGAGAUGCAGCAGAAUGAACAAACACUGAGGAAUGAGGUUGCCAUCCAGGAAAAGAAAGCUCAUGAGAACUGGCUGAAAGCGCGCGCCUCAGAACGAGUGCUAGUGGAGGAGAGACGAGAGGCUGUGACCCUCCGGCAAAAGCUGGUGGAGUGCAGCGAUAAAAUAUCAGACCUGGAACAAACUGUGUUCAGAAUCAACUCUGCGCCUCCAGACCGACACAUGCCGCCCAUGAGGAGAGGUGAUUCAUACGGGCCGUCCCCUGUCAGUGGGGGGGCUCCCUCUCCUCCUCUCAUGAUAGAGGGUCCCGGCCGCCCCCCCUCCGCUCCUGUAGGCAGACGGAGCGACUCGUUUGGUACCCGCCCCCCCUCAGACCCUCACGGACGCUUUUCAGAGCUCGGACACCCGCUGCCUUCUCGACCAGAGAUGUUUCCUCCCAUGACGUCGUCUCCAUGUGCACAUGAUGGACCAAUGCAGACGGCUGCGGUCACUGAGAAGGCCGAGCAGGUCUCAUCUGAGCCCGUAGAGAGUCUCUCGAAGUCUCAGAGUCAGGGAUCUUUCUUACCAUCUCCCAUUCGGGAUUCUCCUGUACCGCCAAUGAAUGCCCCAUUUAAGUCUUAUGGACCGCCAAUGAUGGGUGGACCCAUUCUGCCCAACGGACCUCCUUCUCAUAUGAUCAGACCGCCCAAUGGCCAUCCUCCCAUGAUGCCCCCAGGACUGGGCCCUGAGCCACGCUUCAGACCCCCUCCUAUGGAUCCUUACAGGCCUCCUCCUCCGAUUGGCCCAUAUGGACCCGUACCACCGCCUUUUGCAAGAGGCCCACCGCUACGAGACCUCCCGCCCAUGGGGCCGCUCCCCCCACUGCCACUAGACCCCCGCGACUUCCAUCCUGAUUUUUACGGACCUCGUGGGCUUCCUCCACGGCCCUUCCACCCCGGAUCUCUGCCACCCCCUGGAGCGAUGGCUCCACACCCGUACGGUGGCCGGGGUUUCCCUGGACCUGCUCCGCUGGUGGCUCAGAGCUCCAGAGAUGAGGAGAACGUCACAACAGCCAACAGUCCCCCCACAGACGGCCCCUCACAGGACGCUGGAGGUUCGUCCGUGGCAGAGCCGUGAAUGAACUUGAACCAACUCCACCGGCCUUGAUUUAUUUUACUGGGUCCUGAUUCUUUUCAAUAUUUUAGCAUCAGCUGCAUUUGGAGUGGGUGGGUUAGAACAAUAGUUUGAUUUUGCCAUUUUUGCUGAAGCUUGUUUAAAUGACACAAUUGCGAGGGAAAUGAUUAGGUUUUGAUUUUAUAAGUUUGCAAACCUUUCCUAUGGAAAUAGUUUGAUGAAAUAGACAUUUGUUCUUUUUUCAUUGAAGCAACAUAACGAGGUUCAGUUGUAAUCUCUACCACUCACUCAGUGAUGAUGCAUUCUGGGAAAUGAUCGAACCAGUCCGGUGUUAUAUUUAGGCACGUGAGAUAAACCAUCACACAGCCUUGAAUAUGAGACACUGGAAAGAGGUUUGAUACUUUUAUAUCUUUUUCAGCAGUUUUGAACAAAUGCUGGCUGUUUUUGUUUACUUUUAGUCGGUUUAGGUCUCCAGGUCAUGUAUCUAUACUCCCGUCUCCCACUCGCCUGCGCUUUUUUUCUUUUAACGUUUGAUUUUCUGUCCGUCUGGGCUUAUGAUUUGUUUUCCUAGCGGAAAGGCACAUAUGAUGUCAUAUUGACAAAGUAUUUGUACAUUUCUUUCAACUGCAUAUAUAAUAAAACUACUUUCAGAAAUAGUCAUCAGAUUCAUGUCAACAUUCAGCCAGCACAUAAAUCAGUGUAAUUGUAUUAAUGGAUUUUGGAAGGAUUUUGCAAAGCUUUAACCACACGAGCAGAACGGAUGUCGUGUUCAACAUUUUUUCCUGCCAUAUAUUGUAUAAUUGAAUGCUGUUUAUUAAAAAUGUUUAUUUACAUCAAAAAUGGCUUUAUGAAUGAAUUUCAAUGAGUUCACGAAACGAAUUUGACUUAUUUUUAUGUCAAAUAUAUAUGAAUGUUAAUGAUGUUCCCUGGAUCUCUUUAAGGCAAUGCUCUCCGAAACACACAAGCUCAAAUCUACAGACCCUUUUUAUCUUAUUCUUUGGCCUGUUUUGUUCGACAUUAGAGGAUGUAAUGUGUGUUAUGACAUCUUAGGGAAGAAGCUGUUUUUAUCAAACAGUGAUGUGAAUUCUAUGAAUGAGUUAAAUAAAGCUGGUUUUUUUCUGUA